UUCAAUUAACUAUAAAAGCAGAAAUGAUCUUGUUCCUGAUGGUCUCGAAGCUGUUUGUUUAGAAAUCUGUAAACGAAAUAGCCGUAAUUUUAUUGCUGCACCUGUUUACCGACCACCCGACGCCUUAUCCGCAUUAUUUGAUGCUUUUGAAAAGAUGCAUG